AUGCCUCAGCAGACCAUGACGAUACCCAUGCGCACAUCGAGUGUAAAUGCGGUGUCGAACGGGAUGCAUAUGUCAAAUGCUAGCCAUGAAGAUUUGAGACGCGAAUCAGCGUCAAAAGCCCAGAAGAUAUUGGGUACGACUGAAAUUCCUAUGCCUCAAGAUCAAUCCCGGCGAGAAGACAGAAAAUCGCGAGGAGCUAGCUUCAUGAGAGCCCCGGAUAUCAAGUCGAAGAAAAGCGGCGGUUUUGCUGCAUUCCCUACUCCUACACCUGAGACAACUUUACCACCACCACAUCUCCGUGUUCGAGCAUCAUCUCCGCUGCUCGGGCAGGAAUAUCGAUCACAGGAUGCUAUGCCACCGUCUAUUCCCACGCACUCUAAAAGGGUCCAGCAGUCCGGCUCCUCAUCUACACUGUUUUCCUAUUUCAAUUCCCGCAACUCUACUCUGGACUCUAAUCUAAGUCGCAAUACGACAAAAGAUUCUAUAGCGACUGAAGAGAAGAGCUUUCGAGAGCAGCACAAUGUCGAGCCACGGUAUGGUUUGAAACAACCGAAGGGUCCUAUGAAGGAGUCGAAACGGAAAAUGCGCCCACCCAGAAUAGAUCUCUCUCUCCUAUUCCCAAAGCCACGAGUGGAUGCUGCACCCCUACUGUCACCGCAACGAUUGGUGAAUUCGCCGUCUGCAAUAUCAAUGACAUCUGAGCAUCCCGCAGCCAAACCGCAGAAUUUUGACAACCCUGAAACUACAAAGAGAGCCACAAAAAGUCCUCCGGGACACAAAAUGAAGGGUCAUCAAGCCACCGACGUCGCCAAUGAGUCUUCACCGAUUUAUGAGUCAGGCAGCACAAACUGGCUUGAUCCAUCGCUUGAAAGAACAGUACGCACUAGUGAGAUGGAUAUGGCUUUAAAACGUUAUAGCCAAUUCCAGAAAGCUCCUCAGCCCAGUGAACCGACCCGAUCCAGUCAGUUGCAUUUACGACCACGGGAUCGUGAACAACUACAAGCAAGUGAUACAAAGUCUACAGGGAGCUCUUUGCGAAAGGUCCCAUCUAAUAGCUCCGCUGGUGGAUGGAGCAGGGAACUAUACUUGUCUCCCAAAUCUUUCUCCCGCCCACACAACAAUCGUAUUUCUAACUCAUCGAACGCACGGCACGCUGACUCACGUGAAAACCCCUCAGCCUACAAGAGUUCAAUGUCGAAAAAGAGCAGUAAAAGUACUCUGAAGAAUGUGGAUCUCAAUAAAUCGAGUGUGCUUUGUCUUUCAUCAUCAGAAGACGAAGAGGAUGAGGAGGAAGCGCCAGCCAAACAUGACAAAAACAUAAGAGACAGCGUAACUACCUACGGUGAAUUCGAUGCUGAGAUAUGUACAGCUUCUGCGGCACAAACCACGAAAGGAACACUGAGACGAGUUGAGAGACCUUACUCUAUGUCUGCUAGUAGCCGUGGGUCUCAGUCUGUCCGUCGACAACAGCAAACUAUAUUACGAAACCCGUCAAUGUCGUCUGCGGGAAGGUCAACCGUUGAAACGAGGAGUCACCGCUCGAGUGGUGUACCCACGAUAUCAGAACCAGACUUCCUCAAUACCGAUCCUAUGGUUAGCCAAGUACGAAAACCUUCUCAGAGGGCACGUCUCCAGCAGAACCAGCAGAACCGCAGAAGCCGUGUUAUAGCCGUGACAAGGCAAGAAGAGCACUUACUCGAAGCAAUGAGACAACGAAAAGGAAAAAUAACCCCUAGUCUUUUCCAUGAAGCUCGUUACCAAGAUAACCUCGAGCCCGAUAGAAAUUCUAUGCUCUCGGUGCCUUCGCGGGACUCAUUCUACGGGUCCGACAUCUCCUUCCUUCGACUCAGCCCUGGACUACCUCCUAUUAUGGCACGGAAAGACCAAGGUGCAAACCAUUUUGAUAAGGACGGUUCCAUUUCCCAGGGCGCGGCUUCUGAUGCAGAACAGAAAACCACUAACUCGAACGCAUCCCCUCGAGUUAGCUUGAUCUACUCGGAAAGUCUUCCCUCGCCAGCAACCAGUGGAGCUUCCCCAUUGACACCAACCCUUCCUAUACAUCGCUUUUCUCCACUCCCAUCACAAAAGCCGCCCCCGCGCAAUCCCCCCCCGGCUAUACCAUCAGUUCAACGGCGACAUUCAAGGCGACGUACGGAUAGCAGCGAGGCCAUCGUUUUAGGCAACGCCGAGGAACGAAAGGAAACAGACGAUUUCCCAAUUUGGGCCUUGGGGUGGGGAGGUAAUGAUAAUGCCAACCUUACAGCAGUACACUGA